CUUAACAAGUAUCCUUGAGCUCACUGGCUCAGUCUCGGUCUCUCCCUCUCUCUCUCUCUCUCUCUCCGCUCUUCAGUCUUUAUACAGACACAUAAACAAACAAAGGGUUGUUUUCACUUUCAAUCCAUUUUCCUCCAAAUCCAAAACGCUGCCAGCCAAGUCCUACUUACUCUGUAUUUUUGGAGCCCAAAGACCAAAAAUCGCUUCUCUUUUCAACUCUUAAAUGCAGUCUCGUGUUUCAAUGACUUGCGACAUUAUUCGUAACAGAUGUAGCUGCUUCAGUUUCACUUUGUGUUGGAGGUUAGCUGCUCAUUUCAGUUUCGCCGAAUUCCGGAUCUGAAGAAGCCUGGCUUUCUCCUUUUGCAAAUGCGGCUCACUGCUAAGGCCCUCUCCUUUCAAGCUUGACUUUCACUCCCACCCAACUCUUGGUACCUCAAUCUUCACGCCGCUCUCUAUCGGAUUUGGAUGCUGUUUUCCCAGGAAAUCAGCAAGGAGUACAGAUGUUACAUUUUCAUCAUCAUAAUUAUUACCAGAUUCCCUGCACCAAACAACGCCCCAUGAAGUUCUGCCUGACUUCAGUGUUUUCUUCCCUUGUCAUUAUAGGCAUUUUUCUUCCUCUAACAAUUUCUGAUCUAAACUCAGAUAAGGAAGCCCUUGUUGACUUUGCUGCUGCUGUCCCCCACCGUCGAAACCUUAACUGGAACUUAACCAACCCUAUAUGCACAUCCUGGAUUGGUGUCAAGUGCACUCAAGAUAAUUCUAGUGUGCUUGCCCUCAGGCUCCCCGGGGUUGGACUCAUAGGCAAUAUCCCAUCCAACACCCUUGGUAAAUUAGGUGCCCUCAGGACUCUCAGCCUUCGAUCUAAUCGCUUGAAUGGUGAUCUUCCUUCGGAUAUCAUCACCCUUCCAUCACUCCAAUACCUCUACCUUCAACAUAAUAACUUAUCUGGUGAUCUUCCUGUUUCCUUUUCCCUCAAACUCAAUGUAUUGGAUCUUUCAUUCAAUUCCUUUACAGGCAAAAUUCCAAAAACAAUACAAAAUUUGACACUGCUUACUGGAUUGAACCUUCAGAACAACAACCUUUCUGGACCGAUACCUAAUCUAAACCUAACUAGGCUCAAGCAUUUGAAUUUAAGCUAUAACCAGCUCAGUGGUCCGAUCCCAUUGCCCCUUCAACGAUUCCCUAAUUCAUCCUUUGUAGGAAACUCACUAUUGUGUGGACUGCCUUUACAAGCCUGCUCGCUCCCUCCAUCACCAUCUCCUGCUUAUUCUCCACCCCCACCGACAUUUCCUCAAAAGCAAAGCUCCAAAAAGAAACUGAGUUUGGGAGUUAUAAUUGCCAUUGCAGUCGGAGGGUCUGUAGUGCUGUUUCUUUUAGCUUUAAUUAUCUUAUGCUGCUGUCUGAAGAAAAAGGAUAAUGGAGGAAGUGGUGUAUUAAAAGGGAAGGCUGCGGGUGGUGGCAGGAGUGAGAAGCCAAAAGAGGAGUUUGGGAGUGGGGUGCAAGAACCUGAGAAAAACAAGUUGGUUUUCUUUGAAGGAUGUUCUUAUAAUUUUGACCUUGAGGAUUUAUUAAGGGCUUCAGCUGAAGUUCUGGGAAAGGGUAGUUAUGGCACAGCAUAUAAGGCUGUCCUGGAGGAAUCCACAACUGUGGUAGUCAAAAGGUUGAAGGAAGUGGUAGUGGGGAAGAAGGAUUUUGAGCAGCAGAUGGAGAUUAUAGGAAGGGUCGGGCAGCACCCAAAUGUUGUCCCACUCCGUGCUUAUUAUUACUCCAAGGAUGAGAAGCUGUUAGUUUAUGACUAUAUCCCAGGCGGCAGCUUAUCCACACUUUUGCAUGGAAACAGGGGAGGUGGAAGAACCCCAUUAGACUGGGAAUCCAGAGUAAAAAUCUCCCUUGGAGCUGCCAGAGGAAUUGCCCACGUUCAUUCUAUGGGUGGUCCAAAAUUUACUCAUGGAAAUGUCAAGUCCUCAAAUGUUCUCCUCAAUCAAGAUCUUGACGGGUGCAUCUCUGAUUUGGGUUUGACCCCUCUUAUGAAUGUACCUGUAACUCCAUCUCGAACAGCAGGGUAUCGUGCUCCUGAGGUGAUUGAAACCCGUAAGCAUACUCAUAAAUCAGAUGUGUACAGCUUUGGUGUCCUGCUCCUUGAGAUGCUGACUGGGAAAGCACCUCUUCAAUCACCUGGACGGGAUGACAUGGUUGAUCUUCCUAGGUGGGUUCAAUCUGUUGUCAGGGAGGAAUGGACAGCUGAGGUCUUUGAUGUUGAGUUGAUGAGGUUCCAGAACAUUGAAGAAGAAAUGGUGCAGAUGUUACAAAUUGCGAUGGCAUGUGUAGCAAAGGUGCCAGACAUGCGACCUAACAUGGAUGAAGUCGUUAGAAUGAUUGAGGAAGUCCGGCAAUCAGACUCAGAGAACCGGCCAUCUUCUGAAGAGAACAAGUCCAAAGAUUCAAAUGUGCAGACCCCGUGAUUGUCCAUACGCUGCUGCAUUGUGUUUUUAGGAACAUGUUUUAUGUAUACAUGCCUAGUAAGGUUUACCCACACAUUAUCUGACCUUACAUGCAUGCAUGGCUUCUCAAACUUAAAGUCGGUGUUGUUGUGCAAUUUUUCUGAGGGGAUUUAGUGUUAUGAAUUCUCACUUUAAUUAGGUGGGUUUUUCUUUUCCUGAUUUAUUGUAAUAUUCAUUUUCAGCAAUAUGAUUUACAUUUACUUCAAUGAAAGAACUUUCUGUAUUCCUUUCAA